AUGAAGCCUCAUCAUUAUCAGGAGUGUGGAUCGAAUCUGCCGCCCACAUCAGUGGGUUGUGUUGACUUGGCAUCACUAAGCUCUCCUUCUGCUCAUUCCGCCCAUUUCUACUUGGGAAGCUCCUCUGGUGGUGGCGCAUGUGAUCAUCUUCUGACUGAAUUAGAAAUCAAUUCUAAAAUGAAUGGCAGUUCUCAAGCUCAAUUUUCUGUAGGGGAACCAAUUGAUCCUAUUAUAAAACGGCCUGGCUCAAAUCGCGAUUUCCGUGAUGAAGACCUGAAACACGCCUUGGAUUUGCUUUCGCGAGAUGACUCUGGUGACGUUGCUUCAGCUGCCGCCUACCUUUGUCAUUUAUCUUAUCAAAACCCUGAAGUCAAGCGAAAAGUUGCGGAUUUUGGUGGUAUUGAGUCGUUUUCAAGACUGCUGCUUUCCUCCAUUCAAAUAGUCAAGAAAUGUGCCGUUUCUGCUUUGCGAAACUUAUCUUACGAGUGUACCCCAGAAAUUAGGAAUAGGAUGGAUGAUUCGUCGGUGAUUUCUAAUUUAUUUGUUUUGUUGAAUGAACUCAUGGAUGAAGACGUUUCACCUUCGCAGCUCUCAAUGAAUUUAAAUCAAUCUACUGUUGAAGCGGCUACUGCUACGCUUUGCAAUUUAUCCAUAUACCCCGAAUUUAAGGAUACGAUUAGUAGAAACGGGGUGCCAUGCUUAAUUAAGAAUAUAAUAUUGCCUUAUUCAGGAAUUGCACGAGAUGUAAAUACUUCUACUAAAAAUGAAAGGUCGGCAGAGACGUACGAACUUCCAACUUUUAUCUAUGCAACAGGAACGAUCAGAAAUGUUCUUGUCGAAGAUGCAGAAUGUCGUCAUCGUCUUCGGGAAUCCCUGGGUUUUGUAGCUGCUCUUAGUCUCGUCUGCUCUCACUGUGUUGAAAAUUAUGCUUUUGAUGGCAAGGCUUUGGAGAAUUGCGCUUUGGAGAAUUGCGUGUGUAUUCUGCGGAAUCUAAGUUUCGCCCUGCAAGAGGUGCGCGAUCCCGCCUACCUCGUGCGUCGAGAGACGGCCUAUUCCGUUGCAGCUAUUACUCCUAUAGCUGAGAACCGACUUGCUUUUAAGCAUCCACACCUGGCUCUGAAAGGACAUCAACGUGGUAUCGUGAUGAAUUUGAGGAAGACACCAUCGGCUAAUAUAUGGAUGGGCGGAGGACCAGAUUAUCUGGAUAGGCCACCGUCAAACUUGGAGUCGAUUCAAGGUAGCCGGUUGCUUUGGGCCAAAGACCUGAUCGAAAACUAUAUUUCUAUACUUCGCCACUCAACGAACCUUGUUAUUUUGGAGGCAACUGCUGGUGCCAUACAAAAUCUCACAGCUUGUGACUGGGAACCCAGUGCGGAAGUUCGCUCCUUUGUGAGACAAUUAAUUUUGCCCAACUUCUUUUACGCAAAGCGCUUCCUUAAAGACAACUUUGUCUCCACUUGCCUUGUUAAGUUUCGCACCGGCGACAACGUGCUGGUUCUGGCGGCUCCAUUGAUUUCGGAAGAUGACAGCGUUGUCUUAACAACUGCAACUGCGCUGAGAAAUGUGGCGGAAGAGGAGAGCCUGCGGAGUUUAGUAGCUUUUUAUGGAAUGCGUCUCUUGAUUGCACGUUUACCGGUGCUGCAAGCGGCCAGCACUAUCGAUGGGGAAAUCGUCGUACCCACUCAUAGCAUUGUCAGUCUGCACACCGCUUCUGCCAUCCUUGCCGCCCUCUACGUCCUUGUCAAAGCUGACUCUGAGCGUGCCUUACUGUUUCUCGAUUGUGGAGGAGUUCAGCCCUGCCUAGCAAUCGCACACACGGGUCUUUACGUUGAUCCCACGGAUCCAAUCCCUUCUAACCGAGAUAAGACGGUUCGUUUCGCGCGUUUUCUUCUCCAGACUCUUUGGGCUCAACGAGACUUGCAAGAUCGCUUCAAGAAGGCUGGCUUGCGGGCAACUGACUUCUGUGUCCACGAGCCAAUCAUUCGUGAGACUCUAAAGCAUUCUCUCACUACAGUGGUUCGGCCUUCGUUAGAUACUCCGAAGCGAGCAGACAAAGAGGAUUGCGGAUCCCCCAGGAAAGAAGCAAAACUGCAGGGCGAAGAUGAAUCUCACCUUCAUAGUGUCGUACAAAAUAGUUUGCCACCCGCGGAGUAUAUUAUUGCGAUCGUGUCUUUCACUUGGUGGCUUCACUACCUAUUACAGCCGCCCUCCAUCGCACCACAACCCUCUUUGCAUCCCACAAGCAGACGAAUGUCGCGUCUAAGCGUCGUUCCGGAAGCAUCGUUGCGAUCUACGCCUCCCAGUCGGUCAUCGCUAUCGAAAAACGUUCCAGUUAGUCCUCAAAAGAAAGGAUAUUUUUCCCAGUUGAAUGUUCCUGAAAUUAUUGCAGUGCAUCCAAGUCCAAGGCGAGAACUCCAAAUUGAACGAAGUGUCAGUCCAUUUUUGCGACCUUCAGCGUCAAAUGUCGACAUCAAGUCCUUAUCUUCGGCCAAAAGUCAAAACCAACUCUAUUUGGGGCAGCAGGGUUUACAGGGGCCCUUAUCUAAGAGUUCCAACAGUGGAAUCCACUACAGUUCCAGUGCCUUUGGUGUGCAACACCUGCAAGAGUGGUGCUCGGAGGUAGGGCGCAGCCCUUCGCAAAUGACCCACUCCGAUGCUUUAUCGAGUGAGGAAUGA